ACGAGGAUUGGAAGUUGAAUAGUGCCAACUAUUUAUUUACAGUUCGUACAAGAUAGAUACGUGUUUCAAAGUUUUACUGCCCUUCAAAGUAGUCACCAACAUUUUGUGUAACCCAUUGCCAGUUAUGUGGGAGUCGUAGGAUAGUCUUAGCUGUGCCAGUUGUGUUGACAGUUCGCGCAGCGCGGUCUAUUGUCCGAAGAAUUUGUAGCAGUUUUGAAUCGAAUGCCGUGAAGUGUUUUUCAGUUUAGGAAUCGAGUUGUUCACGAGGGAUUAAGUCAGAGGAGUGCAGUAGGUGGUAUCACUUAGCAGCCCCAUCAGUCAAACAAAUCACUGUACGUACUUGAGCAUUGUACUGCAAAAUGGUCAGGUCCUGCAGAAAGUGUCAUAUCUGUCUUUGGUUGUGUUCCAAAAAUGUUUUUGUCGCAGAGACACGCUAAAAGAUCGUGACAGAUGGUGAUGGCUAUCGUAUUUUUCAUUGGAGUGACUUUGUGUCGACUAACAACUUAGCACAGAAAGAACUGAAUUGUUGCCUUAAUCAUCACAACUAUUCAGUUGUCUAGGACCCACGUUACAGGGCGUCGCAUUGCCAACAAGCCAGUUACUACAUCAUCUUGCAAUGAAUAAGAGUUGGUUGCUUAAAAUGUGUUAGCAAAGUUAGUUCAUUGUUGGGCUUUUGCUAUUGUUCUCGGUGGAAAGUGUAAUAUCCGGCCGUUAAUUCUGAGCUGUUUUAUGUCCGUAAUGCUCCAUGUGUUAUCUAUCGCCUUAUUGUAUCUCUGGCACUGUAAUAGAGGAAGUAUGGCUGAAAAGUAUGUUGAUGCGAGCGCAGUAGAAACCCCACCCAAGGCAAGGGAAUGUGUGUCACUAGAGUGCGUCCUUGCGAACCUGCCGCCUUAUAGUUGUUAGCUCCAUGUGUUCCAUCGAAUCACUGCAAGUAUUGCUUGCGCCUACAGAUUCAGUUUGUAGGUUCAUCUUCUGAUUCUUGCUCCAUGUUGCCAAGAAGAUAUUCCGACUGCAAGUUCAGUGCAAUUGGCAACAUCUUCACUUCGCAGGGCUACGCCUUCGCUUAUAGUUCAGGAACUGAACCCUUGUCGUUUCACGGAAUAAAGUGUUGUACCAUCCCGGAACAAGGACAAAAUUGUUGAUUUGAAGCCUGCUGUUUAGGAGAGGCAUCUAACAGGAGUUUCUUUACUUGCGGAACGCUACAGUUAAAUUGUCCUCGUUUUUGCUUUCUCACUCAGCACAAAUUUCUAUACGUUUGUAAAAAUUGUAAAUUUGUCAUGUUAUUUACUAAAUGUAUGAAAAAGGUGCAUUGUGGUAGAGUUUUAUUUCGCCGGUCUAGUUUCGGAUGUUGCCCGUCAUUAGCGGUAUCUGUAUUACACAAGACACACACCUCUUACAAGUACUCUUACAGUGUAUAUCGUAGUGCUUUAUGCACAUAUGAUUUUUCAAUUCUUUGUAAUUCGACUUGUCUGUUAUAUUCAUAAAAUACUAAAAUAUAGGCUGUAAGUUGUAAGAGAUGUCUGCCUUAUGUAAUACAGAUGCCCUUAAUGAUGGGCAACACCCGAAACUAGUCCCGCGAAAUAAAAUACUACCACAAAGCAGACUUUGUCACAUCAUGACUUCAUUGUUCGACAAACUUACAAUUUCUACAGACUAGAGAGCACGAAACGUACAAGGCAUUUGUGACAAUUAAGAUUAGAUAACGACCACUGCGCCGUAUUUGAUGAGAGCGUGUAAAUAUCCAAACGUUUUGUUCUUUCGUUAUUAUAUUGUCUGCAAGGUGAUUCUCAUGUCGUAUGUAAUUCUAUUAAUUUAUGAUAACCCCACUGGGUUUUCCACUUGAAGUUUUCGACCGAGACUAGUUCAAAUUUCUAUCAGUUGACAGAGAUCUCUGACGAUUUGCGAAAGUGAAAGUUUCUAUCAUAUGUACAUCAAUCUAGGAAGCUUCCUAGGAAGAUUUUGUGAGAGAUUUGCAUAACGUUCUUACUGAUACAGUAUCACAUACUUUAUGAAUUAUCACAUUCCUUAAAUCACUUAGUGCAAUCUCGCGACAGUUCAAACUUGGAACAAAAGUUCUGUGUUGAGGACUGAGCCAAAUUAACCUCACAUACUCCGCCCAUUAACUGUCUGAGUAGUUGAAGACUUUCACACCACGUCGAAUUUUUCCCAAUUACAUUAUCGUGGUGAUUUAGGCAUGCAACGUUGAACAGAGCGCUGAUAUUGUCACAACAGUGUAAUUUUUAUCAUUUGGUACGUGCAGGCGAAUCUCCACCCUGCGAAAUACACACGAAACGAUUCAUGGUCGCCUUUUGUUAACCUCCAACAACGUUCGUAUGUUUGACUCUCUUGUCGUUUCACAACGUUGUUCUAGAAAAUUUUAUUGUUUAUAAACACUACUCAUAUUUUAUUGGCAUCAUCAAAAAGUUUUUCACCCUUGUUGUGAAAGUUCUGCGGAACAUUCAAACGGUGAGGUAGUUUACCGGUUCAGUAAUGAUUAACAUGCAGCUGUGGCGACACACGUUUAAACCGGAAGUCCGUUUGCGGUGUCUGGUCGGCAGUCGGCUAACGGUGUACGCUAGCUUCCGUUCUAAUAGUGCGCACCUAUGUCGUGUGUGCUGCAGGAACGUUGACAAUGUCGCAGAAGGUGAAGGUAGACGUCCGCAUCACUGUCUUCUACGCAGACGGCGUCACCAUUUACGUUUACAUCUAGACUCUGAAAAAAUACUCGUCUUCGGAACGCUGUACCCGGCCUAUGCAUCCUACAAAGCCGUCCGCACCAAGAACGUCAGGGAAUAUGUGAAGUGGAUGAUGUACUGGAUUGUAUUUGCCCUGUUCAGCUGUGCCGAAACUUUCACUGACGUCUUCCUGAGUUUCUGGUUUCCAUUUUAUUAUGAGAUCAAGAUCCUGUUGGUUCUGUGGCUGCUCUCACCUGCCACUAAGGGAUCCAGUAUACUGUACCGCAAAUUUGUGCAUCCAAUGCUCAGCAGGCGUGAGCAGGACAUAGACGAAUACAUAGCCAAAGCAAAAGAACAAGGAUACCAUACGGUACUUCAUCUUGGGACGAAGGGUGUCAACUAUGCUACAACAGUCAUAAUGCAGACUGCCAUCAAGGGUGGCGGUGGUCUUGUACAGCAAUUGAGACGCAGUUACAGUCUGGGUGAUCUGAGCUCAGAUGUUGAUGGUGACAGCAACAGUGGAAGAAAGGCACUACCAGAGGCUCAGGAUAGGAACAGAGAUCGAGAAAGGGUUGCGUCAGAUGGUAGACAUCAUCGACCUAGAGGCCAUAGCCCUCGACGUUCUGCAUCUGGGUCAGGAAGGGUUGAAAUGUAUUUUCCAGAAGUGGAUGUUGAUGUGAGAGGAGCAUCUGUUAGGGAACCAAGUGUGCCGCUGAGCCAUAUCCGAUCGUCGGAGGAUGUGAGCUCAGGCUAUUCAUCUGCUGAACCACUGUACCAGCACGGCAGCAUCAGUGGAGGGCAGCAUGGUGAAAGUCGUCCUGAUAGCUUAGCGAGUAGUCGUGAGCCACUUGUUCGGACUGCUUCCGUGGGUGGAUCUUCACGCUCUGCCCGCACACGAUCUUCUCGUGGUGGUGGUGGAACUGUUACAAAAAAGGGAUCUUCACCUGGGGUUCCUGAGGCCAGUGAAGAAUGUAGCCUCGGAGAAAACGACGACCUAGACAUGAGUUCUCUUUCUCCUUCCCAUUCUCGUUCCCGUUCCAAUUCCCUGCCAAUGUCAGCUGACCUCCUACGACCUGAGUUAGUCGCCCUCCUACAAGCAUUAAAUGCUGAACUUGAGCAGAAAGUUUCCAUGAGCAAACUGUCAGAGAUUAAAGCUUCAGAAGUGGUAAAACAAACUGAAAAACCAGAAGAUUCUUUUCACUUAGCUGAAGGAGAAAUAAAGGAGUCUAUACACAGAACUGAGUCAUCUUCCAUUUUAGAAUUGGCUGGAACUAAGGAAAUGUCAGAUAUCAAACAAGUAUCUGGCUCUGCUACUCUUCCUCGGAGCAAGAAAACUGGAAAAAGAAAACUACAGUGAACAUAGGUUCUCCACCAUAGACAUCUCAAGAUGAUUUUGUCCAAUGAGGAGGUUGAGCUGCCAACAAGAGUAUUACACUCCAAAGUCAUAGAAUGCUGUUAGAUGUUCCUGCUGUCUUUGAUCCUGCUAGUCAUUCAGUGAAAUUCCACUGCCGUGACAGGGCAACAGAAAUUCAAUUUCUGAUUCCAUUGGAAGUAAUGACUAUGUUGUUUAUGUACAUACUGUGAUUGAGUUGGAACAUGUGGUACUAAAAAAAAUUAGACUUCUUUUUGGCGUCUAGGAGCUAAUGUUCACCAGGAAAGCUUUAUUCCGAAUGGAAAAAUAAAAUGCACACUUUAAAAUUAAAAUAUGUUGUUCCUGAUUUUAUAUUCUAAAUUUGUUGUAUAUUGAUGUUGAUUAUAGCUUGACUCUGCUGUCAGAUACUACUAAUAGAUUUGUAAGAAGAAGCUUUAACAAGGUUAAAUUAUUGUCCUUUGUUGAAUUUCUAUCUGUCCAAUGAUGUUUUACAUUCCUUCCCCAAGAGAAGAACUGGUAUACUGAAGACAAAAGCUACCGCUUCCCUGUUGUUAGACAAAAUUUUUAUGGAGGUAUUGCACUGCAUAAUUGUUGAUUCUUGAGACUGAACAGUUUUGCCCAGACUGCAUGAACUGUACUUCUUUUUUUAUACAGCAGUUUACAUUCUUCUGUGUCAGUAGAAGUAGAAAUUAACAAUGUUGUUGUUGAUAAUGCUAGUCUAAAAAUUUCUAUAUACUUCAUGUUACUGAACUGAUACAAUUGUACGAGAUGUGUUUUGAUUGAUGUGUGAUGUUUAGAGACAAACAUGUCAGGAUAUGACUUGACAAUGUUGCUCAAUGGUUUUUACCAAGACAGAAAGUAAUGUGUGUGACAAAACAGCAAAUCUUUCACAGUAGAAAAUGUAUGUGUCGAAUAGUAUUGUACAUUUAUCAUUUUUUACAAGGAGGUGAAAAAAUAUGUAAUGCUGAAUGUUAUUGGUCUCAGUUAUGAUUAAUAUUUAUCUGAAUUCACUUAUAAUUUAACUUAUUUGAUCUGAAAUUAUGUAAUAAACACUGUAAUGCAUUUUAAAAUGUAAUGUACACACAAUAAAAUAAUUUCUCUCAUGUAA